CUUUGGAUAUAAAUAGCCAAACGUUUUCUUUUCCUUAUUCAAGCGCACUAGCAUACAAUAUAAAGAUAUUUUAAUAUAAAAUCAAGAAAAGGAUUAGUAGAUUCGAAAGUGUGUGUGUGUGUUCCCCAUGUCAUUAUGAGUAAGGAAAUCCACGAUCAAAAAUGCUACCCGUACCACGUGGAUCAUCUGCCAACAAGUUUCUACCAAAAGGCCCUGGAAGAGCUGAACGAAUCUGCAGAAGCAAGAGAAAUAGAACUGAAUAAACUUAAGGAUUUGCUAUCAGCUGAUAAAUACAUGGCUGGUAUCGAAUUCGAGGAGGAUUUCCUGCAUUUAUUUUUAAGGUACAGAAAAUACAACUCUUCGCAGGCUUUUCAGGCUCUCAAGAAAUUCGUCAACUUUCGAAGAAAUUUCAGCAGCAUUUUCCAAACCGUCCCAGAAGUGUAUUGCAAAGAGACUCCUUUCACCAAGUUUAUGUCUAUUCUUCCUUACAGGUGUCCUGAUGGAUGUGUAAUUGUUCUCUGCGAACUGGGCAAGUGGAGCCAUAAUGAACUUUCAAUCGAGGACAUUAAAACAAUUUGUAUGUUUUCCUUUCUCAUAUCACUUCGACACCCAAUGACACAAAUCAGUGGAUUUAAGAUGAUUUACGAUUAUGCGGAUACAGUCAAGCAUUUUAGAUACUGCACUCCACAGAAUAUUAGUCUGAUAUACAAUGCCAGUUUUAACUGCCUCCCUUGCCGUUACAAAGAAGUCCAUUGCAUCAAUAAAUCUGCACUUCUAACUGCUACAUGGGCUAUACUGAAGCAUGCUCUUCCGAGAAAGAUAAGAGAAAGAUUUUUCUUCCAUUCCAAGCCUGAGGAUCUCCUGAAUUACUUUCCCAGCUCCGUAAUUCCCACUCAGUACGGAGGAAGCCUGGACAGUUAUCACAAUUCAGAAUUGAUGAAGAAGCUGAAUGAUGAAAUUAAUAAUUAUCCCGAGAAAGGAAUGCCAAACUAUUUUUAAUUUUAAUUCAACUCUUAGUUCAGUAGAACCAGUUCGAAGUAUUUGGAAUAAAAAAACUUUCGCAUAGUAAUAUAUAUUUAUGUAAAAGUGUAUUCAUUGUACAAGAUUCUAUUAGGUACAAUAUUUUUAAAUACUGCAAAACAUUAAAAAGUAGCUAAUGGAAUUGUCUAUUACAGUUUUGGUAUUUUUAUACCCCUUUUAUUUACUUUGGUUUGUUUCAUGUUGAUAUUUUCAUAUGAUACUCUGUAAUCGACUUUUCAUUUUACUAGACAGUGUUUUAAAAGUUUAUAUCUUUUUAUAUUCUUAAUGACAUUUUAAUAUUUGAAUAUUAUAAGAAUUAAUUUAAUCAAUCAAUUAAUUAAUUUUAUUAAAUUUGAUUUUCUAAAAACGGUCUCCAUCUAAUUCAUAAUUUUUUUUAAAAAAAUUGAUUCACGGAAUCUACUCCCGAAAAAGAAUUAUAAAUUAAGAGCCAAAUGUUGAAAAUAAAAAAAAUAAUAAUGAUUCUAGAACAAUAAAAGUAUGUUUUAAAAACAUUUAUUUAUAAAAUUUUUAUACUUAAAUUAUUCUAAAGCUUUUUUUAAUUACGUAUAAAAUCACCUCUAACCAAAAUAAAAGUAUAAUAAUAUAAAGUAUAUAAGCAUUUCAUAACAACUUUUGGAACCACAGAAAACUGAAGAUAAUUAAUUUUAAUUAUUUUUUUAAAUAUUUUGUUGUAAUAAAACUUUGCUAAUAUAUUCAUUCGCUUUAAUAAUUCUACGAAUGCAUUUGACAUCGAAAAAAAGAAAUCUUAAGGGAGUUUUCUUCUAAGUUUCUUAAAGGAGCGUUAAAAAUUAAUCUUUUAAUUAAUUUUUUCAUAAAUUAUUGUAACAAUUUUACUUUACUUUACAGCAACUCUAUCUACAUUGUAAAACCACCUUGAAAUUUCUUAAAACAAAAUUAUUAGAGCUUUUGACAACCGAAUACUAUUAAUAUUAAAUAAAUGGCUUUGAUUCUUUCAUCAAUUUUAAUUGCAAGUUAUUAUAUGACGAUUUAAUUUCUGUCUAACAUUGACAGUCUUUAAAUUUCUGACAUGACAUAAGAAUGCCUUAAAUCAGCAAUCUUUUGGAAAAUGGUAUUAAAUCAUUAAAAGUUUUAAAUUUUUGAAUUUUAAUAUAGAUAAACUAUUUAUCGUAACUCAACGAAGCUAUAUUUACAUCGGGAAUUACAGAGAGUAGCUGAAAUAAAUAAAAUUACACGGCAAACAUUCUAAAUAUUAAUAAUCGAAAAGAAAAAGUAGAAAGCAGUUGUUUAGUUAUGAAAUGCACAGGCAGAUGGGUCAAAAAUUUUUAGUAACAUACGAUAUGCUAUGUGCGCUGCCCGAUUAUCUGAAUAUAUAUAUAAAUAUUGAAGGUAAAUGAUUUUUUUAUCGAUUUCUUAAAGUUUUCUUUUGAGAAUAACCAUUAUUUAUGAAUUUUGCAAAAUGUUAAAAUAUAUUUAUCUUGUUUGAA